AAUGUCAGAAUAUGGAUCUGACAUAUUGAAUUCUCCGAAUUGUAGAGCCAAACUGCGGGACUUGAACAUAACACAGGAAGAUUUUAUGCAAGAAUUUCAUGAAUAUGCUAUAAGAUAUUACAAUCAUUAUAAAAUAUACACCAGAAAACUCUUGAAUCGUUCUUCUCGAUUAUUUCUCAUAUUUACGAUACAAACCAUUGGAGAACAGAAUUUCCUACUGAUUUAUGUCUAUAUUCCUCAACGUCAAACAUGUAUACAGCGUCUUUUAGAUGUUCAUCUUCUAAGAAACAGCGAUGAUAUAAUUCAAGUUAUUAAAGGAAGUAUAUAUCCAAUAUAUAAUAAAGUGAUUGGGUAUACAAUCCUGGGAAAUAAACAUUUCAAAAUCAAUGAUCACUUGCCAUACGUCGAUAUUAUAAUGAAACUGGAAUAUGCUUUCUACUCAGAUAUUAUUAAUAUUCCAAGCCUCCGUCUGAAUGAGUUAUAUACACAUUUAAAGAACAAAUGGGGUAAAAAAGAACCUAAGUAUUUUAAAGGAGAUAAGCUGUUUAUAAUCCCAUUCACCGAUUAUAUCAUUGAAGCUCUAGAGUAUCCUGAUGAUGAAUUCAUGAAUAGGUGGAACAAUGAAAACAGGUCAACAAUAAGAGUUAUUAAGCAAAUGUCUGAAGAAUACUGCAGAAUUUUAGACUUCAAUCAACUGCAAUAUUUUAUGGGGAAUAUUACAAAUAUACAGUCGAUAUUGCCAAAUAAAGAUUUCCAGGAGUGCCAUUUGGUAUUAAACCAAGACUUCAGUGCUAUAGAGACAUUGUGUUACAAGAACCCUUGGAUUCCAUUUGGAGUCCGACUAAUGCCUCUCUGCAAUGUAGAACACUUGUUUUCAUCUGUGAUGAGUGAGGGAGAUAGAGAAUUAUAUACCUUUGUGAAGUUUAAUAUGGAGCAUAACACUUGCAACUGUACUUUCCUGCCAUGGGGUUGUAGAUAA